AUGAUCAGCUCACGAGACCUCCACGGUACCCCACAAGCUUCAAUUGCGUUGGCUUUGCUGCUCACAGUAGCAACAAGCUACCUCUUCCGCCGAGAGGACGAACUUUUGUCAGAGAUUAUCUGUUGGGCAUGUUUACCGAUGAUAUGCCCGAAACCUAACACUCAGGGGCGCGAUACGACGGGCACGUCAAAGCUCGCCCCCCUGUCCAGUAAGCUCUGGAUAGCAGCACUCGUUGCAACUCUUUUGACAUUGGUUCUGAUUGACCGGAAUUACUCUGGACUUGUACCUUCUGGUGUUGCGACUGGUGCCUCUUUCAUCGCCUACGUUUCGUUUUAUUCAAGACUAAAGAGUGGUCGUUUCUUACCUCACCUGACUCCCUUCGAAGAGCAUGUUUACUCUCUUGCACCAAGAGUGGCUGGACUCCUUUUAGUUGGUAGUCUUGCCAGAGUAUCCGUCUUUGGCCUUCCACGAUCUAGUCCCUUAUACGCGUUGUUCCUGGGGCUGGUAAAAGCACUUUCCUGGCGAUUUGCUUCCCGAGCUGCUCAUCACACGUCAUGGACUCUUCCGACUAUGAUGGCCACAUUUGGUCUGCUAUCAACGCGCGAUCCGGUCGAUAUCACAUUUGAGAGUCAAGCCUUGCUAAAUGUUGCCUGCGCCUUGCUUUGCCUCGGCCAAAUUACUGGUUUCAUGCCUAGACAGAUACGCUCAACCCGAUUCUUGUAUGCUUGCAUUAUGCUUCCGGUGAUCCCAUAUCUAGCCAAUGUUGUGGCCAUUUAUCACGCACGAAACGAUGCUCCUACCUUCACCGCGGAGACACCACAUCCAGUUGUGGCCUUUUACAAUAAAGCACAGCAAGAGUUCGAGAACCAAUCCAGCAGGCAAUCCACAACCUUCGAAGCCGCGUCGCAUAACUAUCAGACCAAAUACGGUAUGGAGCCACCACCAGGCUUUGGGGAAUGGUACGACGCUGCGCGCUCCAAUGAUUCACCGUUGAUCGAUGAAUUCGACUCGUUGUAUCAGACAAUAUCGCCGUUCUGGAGGCUAAGCGGCAGUCAGGUUCUUGAUGCUAUGCAUCAAGCGAAAAGCCUUCCUGUAAGCGAUUUGUGGCUUUGCACGUUCUCAAGCACAUCGUCGACAACUAAAUGCAGCCACUCCUAUCGUACCUUUGACAGACAUAUCUCUCGAAUGUUCAACAACAUCUUGGUCAAUUUCACUAAACUUCCUGAUGUGACGUUUCUGGUUAACCACAUCGAUGAACCUCGUGUUCUCUAUCAGUCUUCCUCCGAAGCAUCUUCACCCCACGAUCGAAGGAUAACUGUUGAAGAUCGUGGCCGACAACCUAUAUGGGACUUGUUGACCAAGAACUGUGGCCUUGAAAAGAGAGAAACAGAAGGCCAAGAUAGCACCAAUGCCUUUGGCCUGCCAUUUGUGACCAACAUCUCCUCAGCCCAAGACCUCUGUCAACACCCAGAAUACAGCGCCUCACAUGGUUUCAUGAUGAGGCCUGUGUCAUUUCGCCCAAUACAUGGCCUAGUUCCUAUAUUCUCAACCGGCAAACUAUCCUCCAUGGGCGACAUUCUUAUUCCGAGCCCAGCGUAUACCGAGCUCGAAUUUCUGUACGACGAGUCAAGAGAUGUUGAUUGGGGCCGAAAAAGAGACAGCCUCUACUGGGCAGGCUCAACUACUGGAGGUUUCGCGCUUGAUACCCACUGGCAGCUCUUCCAUCGACAACGAUUUGUCGAACUCACACAGAAUUUGAGAACGAACAAAAGUUAUCACUACCUGAGAACGAAAAGUGGUGUCGUGCAGAAAGUUAAAUCUUCUUUUCUAGAUGGCAGACUGUUUGAUGUCGUCUUCACCCGCAUUUUCCAAUGCCAGAGAAAGGCCUGUAGGGACCAAGAUGCCUAUUUCAACACUAAAUCCUGGGUAGAUAAAGAUGAAGCCCUCAAGUCAAAGCUAGCCUUCGAUAUCGACGGUAACGGUAUCAGUGGCCGUUAUUAUAAGCUACUUGCUUCCAUGUCUGUGCCAAUAAAGCAGACGCUAUUUCAAGAAUGGCACGACGAUCGACUUAUUCCUUGGCUGCACUAUAUACCUAUUAGUCAAAGCAUGGAAGAGCUCCCGGAGCUAGUCUUUUAUCUCACCUCGACAGCAUCUGGAAAAGAGGUCGCGAGGCAAAUAGCAAAGCGAGGUCGACAAUGGCAUACCAGAGCCUUCCGUGAAGUCGACAUGGGUCUCUAUGUUUACCGGCUGUUGUUGGAGAUGGCAAGGCUUCAAGACCCUCAACGUAAAGCAAACGUUCCUCGGGAAUAA